CGCACUAUGAGUGUUCUUCAACUGUGCCUUUUAUCCAUUGUCGUGCUCUCUUCAGAGGUCAAUGGUCAAACAACUGCAACGUGGGUAACCACUAUGCUUGAACAGCAUAACGAAGCCAGAGCAAAUGUAAGCAGGUGUAUUGUACCUGGCCUACCUCCUCCGAAGAGUCUGAAGCCAUUGAUAUGGGAUGCCACUCUUCAAAGACAGGCUCAGCUACACGCAAGCAAGUGCACGCUCGAUGAAGCUCCCAUGAAUGAACGAACAACUACGAGGUUCUCCAGCGUUGGUCAAGCUGCAACCACGGGUAAUGUGGCGAAAAACGUAUUCGCUAGAUGGUUCAGUGAAUAUAAAAGACUCGACUUCAACACAAAUUACUGCAAUAGAUGCCCCUGUCGUGAUUUCAGAAUGGCUCUCAGUGACCGAGUUACACAUGUCGGUUGUGCCGUUGGAAACUGCAGAGACAAUCCAGUUUCAUCGGCGAACUUCGUAACGAUAUGCUUCUACGCACCAUACCAACCCGACAAAGAUCGUCCGAUUUAUGAAAUUGGGACGGAGGAAGAUUGCAUUCCUUAGAAAUCUGGAAACUCGUUAGUCUUGUUGGUAACUUCGAACGAAUCAUUUUCGAAAAAUAUACAACUGCAAUGUUCU